AUGAAGGCAGGUAAAGGAAGGAAUAUGAGUGGUUUCGCCGGCAACAAUGGCGACGGCGGCGACGGUUUGGGCCAUGAAACAGUGGGAAGGGGAGAAACAAUAAUGGGUAGAUUUCGACAACUUUCACGGCAGAGUUUCCGGUCAAGAUUGUUGAAAGCAGGGAUGUGUCUCUUGGCGGUUGAUGAAGCACACUGCAUCUCAGAAUGGGGUCAUGAUUUCAGGGUUGAGUAUAAGCAGUUGGACAAGCUGCGUAAUGUUCUUUUGAAUGUUCUAUUUGUUGGCUUGACAGCAACUGCUACAGAAAAAGUUCGGAGUGACAUUAUGAACUCCUUGUUGAUGAAAGGCCAUCAUGUUGCUAUUGGCUCAUUUGAUCUCAAAAAUCUUUUUUACGGAGUCAAAUCUUUUAGUCGUAGUUCUCAAUUUGUUGAUCAGCUGGUGGAGGAGAUCUUUAAAUAUGUAGAUAAUGCAAAUUCAACUAUAGUAUAUUGUACAACCGUCAAAGACACUGAAGAGGGUCGACCUAGAUUUCGACAAAGGUUUUCCAGUCAAGGUUCAUCCAAUGCUCCUCCAAAGUCCAACAAAGAUGGGGUGUCUAACCCUAAACCUCAAGGAGGGAAUAGAGGUGGUUCUUCUUUGGCUAGGUCUACUUGUGCUAAGGGAAGAAACAUGAUGGUAAGUGUCUGGCCGGCACAGACAAUUGCUUUGGUUGUGGAAAAAGUUUAA